AUGGCGGGAAAUCCUUUACAUCGCUGUCACCAGCAAUGUCGACACGUUGCCACGUUCGCACCGUAUCAUACAGUACAGAACACACCCUCCGGUCAUCCGUAUACUGUACCCCCCCCCCCCCCCCUUCGCCUGUUCGCCUGCCACCUUCAUCCGACACAACUCCUCCUCCACCCCCUUGCCUUCGUCGCCAAGCCGGGGUCUCAUUGCUCCCACCCUCGCCUCAAUGGCCGCCUUCGUAUCCACCGAGCAGUGGUCCCAGCUCGCCGUGAUCGCCGCGGUCGCCGCCUCCCACAUGUCCCUCCCCAACCACUGGCUGCCCUACUCGCUCGUGGGCCGCGCUCACGGCUGGAACCUCACCUCCAUCCUCGGCUUGAGUACGUCCAUCCCCCACACAUCCUCACCUCUCCACUCGUACUAACCCCUUCAUCCCUCACAGCUUUCCUGGGCGCCCUCGGCCACGUCCUGAACACUCUGCUCCUCACCCUCGCUAUCUCCGAGCUCUCCGGCAGCUUCUUCUCCGAAGAUGCCUACCGCUUCCUCUCCAGCCUCUCGCUCUUCGUCUUCGGCCUGUACUAUCUCUACACCUACUUCAUCGCCCGCCGCCGCGAGUCUUGCUGCGAACCAGGUGCCAACGGCUCCGCCCCCGUAGUGUCAACCUCUGCCCGGCCCACUGACCCGCCCGCCGUUCACCGCGCAGCCGCAGGCUCGCUGCUGCUGCUAACAGCCGUGUCGCCUUGCGUGGGAAGCAUGCCGGUCCUCAUCGCGUUUCUCGCCCCGCCGUUGUCUGUGUCCACCGUCAUGGCUGCGGGCGUCACUAUGCUCCUGGCGUCAGCAGGAGUGAUGAUGGUCCUCGUCGCCGUCAGUUAUGCAGGGUCCAAGACGCUCGGUUUUGCUAAGGUUCGACAUCAUGAGAGGUGUAUUCUGGGAGUCGCACUUAUCGUCCUGGCGCUCUUGACAUUUUUCAUGUUUUCGCAUCACCAUCACCACCAUCAUCAAGCGCAUGGCGUGAGUCAUUCCAGCCUAGAGCACGCUCACCAUGGUCAUGAUGUGCCGCUGUUGGGCCGGAGUGGUCAGCAUGAGCAUCAUGAUUGCGAACACGGUCAUGAUGACGCCCAUGUGCACGGAUUGAGCGCUGGUGAAAAUAUUCGUACGGAAAACAAUCACGGGCAUGCGGCGAGAUAAACUACGUGUCGUGAUGGUUACGUCACGCAUCUUUUUUGACACAGGGCUUACAUCCCUGAGCCUGCA